AUUUAUCUCCUUUUUUUUUUUUUCUAAAAAAAAAAGAGAAAAAAAAGGAUGAAUGUUCAACAAAAUGAAAUAUCAAAAAGUUAUACGGAUAGUUUAAAUAGUUAUUUGAAUGAUGAUGAUAUAGAUGAAUUUAAUCCACAUCAACGACGAUUAUCUCAUCAAACUUACCAAUCAUUGCGCAGUACCGAUGGAUCAUCAUUUUUACCAACAACAACAACAACAACAAACACUCCUUAUUAUCAAGAUAAUAAUAAUAAUAAUGAUGAUGAUGAAAUGGAUGAUGAAGAAAGUCUUCUUACCACAUCCUCUCCUACACCUUUACCAAAAAUGCAAAUGUUCAUUAUUAGUAUUAUGUUAUUUAGUGAUCCAUUGACUUCUACUAUUCUUCUUCCUUUUAUUUAUUUUAUGUUAAAAGAUUUUCAUUUAUCGGACGAUGAAAAGGAAAUUGGUACUUAUGCUGGUUGGAUAACUUCUGUUUUCUUCCUUGCUCAAUUCUGUACUGCUAUUUUAUGGGGUAGAAUUUCAGAUCGAUAUGGUCGUCGACCUGUUUUGUUAACGGGUUUGAUCGGAAAUUCAAUUUCAUCAUGUCUAUUUGGUCUUUCUAGAAAUCUUUGGUGGGCAGUCUGUGCAAGAGCCUUUUGUGGUAUUGUAAAUGGAAAUGGUGGUGUGGCUAGAAGUAUGAUUAGUGAAAUCACAGAUGCUACCAAUCGUGCAAAAGCAUUUUCAAUUUUUGGUUUUUGUUGGGGAAUUGGGAUGAUUGGUGGUUUUCUUUGCAAACCAGCUGAACAUUUUCCAAGCUUGUUUGGUAACAGUGCUUUUUUCAUAAAGUAUCCUUACUUUUUACCUUGCUUUGUCUCUUCUUUGGGUUCUUUUGUUGGUUACCUUAUUGGAUUCUUUUAUUUGAAGGAAUCAAAUCCAACUGUGAUUGCUCGACAACAACAACAACAGCAACAAGAUCUAUAUUCUUAUCCUAAAAAUGAUGGUAUAACAGCACAUCAAGAAGAUAAUGAAACCACAGCUUUAUUAUCAACAAAUUCAUCUCCUGUGAAAAAAUCAGUCACCCAUCCUAUGCUUGCUAUCAUGGCUAUUGGCAAAACUUCUGUUAUUACCAUUGCUACCUAUUCAUUAUUCGCAUUUCAUGCCAUGGUAUUUGAUGAAGUGUUACCAUUAUACUUUGCUGCACCAACACAUGUAGGUGGAUUGGGAUCUACAGCUCAAGAAUUAGCCAAAAUGUUAUCUAUAUGUGGACUUUGGCAAUUGCUUAGUCAAUUUUAUAUUUUUCCAUGGAUAAACAAACGAUAUGAUACCCUAGAUUUGACACGAUGUGCCUUAUUACUCUUUACCGUGUCUUAUUUCUUUCUUCCAGAACUAUCCACUUACCGAGAAUGGUUAAUCAGUCAUGUGGGAUCAGAAACGAGUGGCAAAGGCUUAUAUCUUCUCCGUGCAGGUUAUUUGACUCUCUUGUUAACUCGAAUAUUUGGUAACUGUUUGGCUUUUACAGGAUUGAUGGUAAUGGUGAGUAACUCGGCUGCAGAAGGUAUGUUAGGUACUGUCAAUGGAGUAUUGCAAUCAUGUUUAUCCUUUGUCAGAGCAUUUGGUCCUACUGUUGGUGGUACACUUUGGUCAUUAUCCUUGAAAAAUUCAACCUAUCCCUUUGAUCGUCACUUGGUAUAUUAUUUGAUCGCUCUUUUGUCUUUCAUCAACUGGAUACAAAGUUAUUGGAUACCUCGAUCUCUAGCAUUAGGAGGAAAACGUCAUUAAGAUAUAAUAUAUAUAUAUAUUGUUGAUAGUAUCAAAAUAGUUAAUAAAUGAUGAUCAUGAUUAAAAAAAAAAAAAGAAAUCUAGAUCUAAUGAUUGUUAAUAUUAUUGGAUAAUAGUUCACUAUUGGAUGAAGGAUACCUGAAUUGAAUCUUAUCACAAGACACUGAUUAUUCACCAU